UCACUUAUAACCUAUUAUUUAUCCCUUAAAACUUCUGGUUCACAAAGGACUGGGGAUUCUGGUGACAACCUAUGUGGAUGCCAUCAACAGUGGAGCAGUGCCUUGUCUGGAUGAUGCUGUGACAACUCUGGCCCAGCGUGAGAACUCAGUAGCUGUGCAGAAGGCAGCCGACCACUACAGUGAGCAGAUGGCCCAGCGACUGAGGCUUCCCACAGACACGCUCCAGGAGCUGCUGGAUGUGCAAGCAGCCUGUGCGAAGGAAGCCAUGGCUGUCUUCAUGGAGAAUUCCUUCAAGGAUGAAGAUCAGCAAUUCCUGAAGAAGCUGGUGGAAUUAAUAGGCGAGAAGACAGAGCUUUUCCUGUUGAAGAAUGAAGAGGCAUCUGAUAAAUACUGCCAGGAAGAACUGGAUCGACUGUCAAAGGAUUUCAUGGAAAAUAUCUCAACAUUUUCUGUUCCUGGGGGACACAGGCUCUACAUGGACAUGAGGGAGAAGAUUGAGCAUGAGUACUGGCAGGUUCCCAGGAAAGGGGUCAAGGCAAGUGAAGUCUUCCAGAGCUUUCUGCAGUCACAGGCCAUCAUCGAGAGUUCCAUCCUGCAGGCAGAUGCAGCCCUCACUGCUGGGGAGAAGGCCAUUGCAGAGGAGCGCGCCCAGAAGGAGGCAGCUGAGAAGGAGCAGGAGCUGCUAAGAAAGGAGCAGAAGGAGCAGCAGGAGUAUAUGGAGGCUCAAGAGAAAAGUCACAAGGAAAACCUAGAGCAACUGAGGAGAAAGCUGAUGCAGGAGAAAGAGCAGGUCAUCAAAGACCAUAAAGUGAUGUUGGAGAAGCUAAUGAAGGAUCAAAAGGCUUUCCUUGAGGAAGGAUUUAAGAAAAAAGCUGAAGAAAUGAACAAAGAGAUAAAGCAACUGAAAGAUUCCAUCAAGUAUAAGGAAGUAAUCAUUACUCUCAUUAAGGAAAUUAUCUUACCUGGACUUUCUACAUUUCUUUUUAGUUCCCUUUUAGGGCCUGCAAAGCCAUUAAGAUUGAGUCUUUCACGAUUGUGGAAACGAUAGACUGAAAUACACUUUGCUUCCUACAUGUCUACACAGACAAUGCUUGCCUUUAGAGGACACAUUUUUGAAAUCAGUCCUAUGGAAGCUAUGCAAUUAGUCAUUACAUGCUAUUAUUGUUGGCCAAUUUGAUUGCAUAUAGAAUUAGCUAGUAGAUAAAUUUUUCUGUACUCCUAUAAGGACCAUGUAGCCCAGGUUAGCUUGUGGGGGAUUGUCUCAGGUUAAUACGGUAGGGAACCCAUCCUAUGUGUGGACAGCACCAUUCCUGUGGACUGAAGACACAGAGAAAGAUGAAAACAAAUGGCCCUACCACUUGUGGCUUCCAAACUAUGGAUGCCAUACAACAAGCCAGCCUCGACUUCUCUCAGAAUGCAUUCUCCAGCCUUAACAGAAUGUGUCAUCAUGAUUCAUGGACCACAUCAAACCCUUUCUUCAGUUGGUUUUGUGAGGGUAUUUCAUCACAGCAAGAGGAAAAGUCAUUGAUAUCAUAAUGGUGAUAAUCAUGGAAACUACUUAAACAUCACUGUGUUAGAUUGGAAACAAAUUUUAAUAUAAGUUGAACUUGGAGUACUAUAUAGUCAAGAAUCAAAUGUCAGUCAAGCUGUCUGUAUAAUGAUCUGAAUUGAGCUAAAAUAUAUCUAAAAAAUAAAGUCAAAACACCAUA